AUGUGCAAGGAGGAGUUAUUGUCGGAUGUCAACGCAGAUAUAUACUCACCUGAGUUUCUCCACACCAUAUCAUACUCCGGAAUUCCACCGCAUAAGUUGACAUUGGAAAGAGGUAUUCCCGUUAUGCUCAUCAGAAAUAUUGAUCAGGCCAGAGGAUUGUGCAACGGAACAAGGCUUCAGAUUGUUAAUAUGGGAAAACACAUUUUCAACUGCAGGUUCCUAUCCGGUAAACAUAUUGGUGAUUUGGUGUUCAUUCCUAGAAUGACUUUGGUACCGUCCAACUCUACAUUGCCUAUUAAAUUCCAGCAACGUCAGUUUCCGCUGAUGGUAUCAUUCGCAAUGACAAUCAAUAAAAGUCUAGGACAGACUCUUUCUCACGUGGGACCAAUGUUACAAAUAAUGUUGUAUACAAGAAAGUUUUUCAGCGUAUAUGAAGGUUUAUUUUAA